AUGCGGUUUGUGCUCUCCCUGCUCACUGUAUGGCUGCUGCAACUGACCGUGGUGCAAGGUGCUGCUACCUCGGAUGCAGUUUGUGGGCAGCGAAAAGUAAUCUCUUCACGAAUUGUUGGGGGCCAUCUAGCCUCGAAUGGUUCAUGGCCUUGGCAAGUCAGCAUUUUUCGAGGUGGAAGUCAUAUUUGUGGGGGUUCCCUCAUAGCUGAGCAGUGGGUUAUGUCAUCAGCUCACUGCUAUUUUGGAUCACUCGUCACCUACCAAUAUGAUGUGGUGCUAGGUAUUACUCAGCUCAAGAAGCCCACAGAUUCUGUGGUAGAAUCCAAAGUGAAGCAGAUUUUCUCGUACCCUGACUAUGAUGGCCAAAGUGGGGAUAUCGCUUUGCUUAAACUUAUGUCCCCCGUGGAAUUCACUGACUACAUCUUCCCUGUCUGCCUGCCAGACUCUUCCGUACAGUUCCCUCCUGAAGCAGACUGCUGGGUCACCGGAUGGGGAAUGAUUCGACCAGGAGUGCCGUUGCCACCCAUAAAUACCCUCCAGGAACUUAACGUAUCACUGAUAAACCGAACAGCCUGCAACAGUCUCUACAACAGUAAUCUAAAUAUCUCAUUGGGUGAAGAACCUAUUAAACCUGAUAUGAUCUGUGCUGGUUACCUGGAAGGUGGGAACGGCACAUGCAUGGGUGAUUCCGGAGGAGCUUUGGCUUGCAAACUGGAAGGAGGUUGGACCCAAGUUGGGAUUGUGAGUUGGGGUAGAGGGUGUGCCUUGCGCAGCUACCCUGGCGUCUAUGCUUCAGUGCCUUUCUAUGCCAACUGGAUCAAUGAGACAAUGGCUGCUAAUGAUGAUGGGAAGAAUGGUGGACUGCACCACACCUCCACAAUGAAACUCCUCUUGCUCUCCUUUGCACUAGCCCUCCUGUGA